AUGUUUCCCAACGAAAAAGCGUUAGACCCUAAUUCGGGUGUUAGUCUCAAAAAGUUAGACCCGCAAUCAGUUGAUCCUAGAAAGAAUGGGUUAGACCCAGUAGAUGUUAGACCCUUUAAUAAAAGUGAAAUUGUUAGUCCUGCGGUUGAUUCAAAACUGGUUAGACCCUUAAACAAUGUGAAUGCCAGGGAAGAAAUCAAAUCACUUUUAGACUUAAAAAAAGUAGAACCUUCUCGCGUAAAACCCGCAGAAUCCUGUCAAACUUUUUCUGAUGCAGAACCCAAAAAACAGGUAGAACAAAAGCCCGAAACAAUUAAGAUUAGUCGUGUUAUUCCUGAUGAAUUUCUUGUUAAAACAGGCGUCCCAAGAAAAAUG